AUAAAAAAAAGGCCAAAAAAAACAUUUCAACUUUAAAGCAACUUUAAAGCCAAUAAACAAGUUUGAAAAACCAAAAAAAAAACUUAAUAAAAUAUUUUUUUCCUCCACAUAGCCAUUACGAAGUUUGAUGGAUUUGGAAGGAUAUAGCAUAAAUUCGUCAAUUUUAAAUAUUCUACGAAAGUUGUUUUUAUUGAAAUCUUUUGAAAUAUUCUGAGAAAACUUUGUAAAACGUUGAAAUCAGAAAAAUAUAAAAAAUAACUUAAGAAAUUUUGCAAAUUAAGUGUGGAUAUUUUGAGCAACAAGACAGCCAAAAAGUGUAAAAUUAUAUAAAUUUAGAGCAAAUUUCGUUUUAUCAUAAAAAGUCUUAGAAGUGAAAAUCGUAUCAUAAUGUUGAGGAUCAUCCAGAGAAUUCCAAUCUUCCAUUCAUCACGACUUCAACUUCACUUACUCAUCCAGCCAUCAGCACAAUCAUUACAAUUCCUCCGUCAAAUUCAUUCAUUAAAAGUCCUUAAAGGUGACACAGCACGUCUACCAGCAAGUCUAAAAUCAUUUAUCGAGGAAAAUGCACGACUUUGUCAGCCCGACAACAUCCACAUUUGUGAUGGAAGUCAAGUUGAGAAUGAAAGAAUGUUGGAAUCUUUACAGGCAGCUGGGACAAUUACACAACUUCCAAAAUAUGAUAAUUGCUGGUUGGCUAGAACAAAUCCAGCAGAUGUUGCAAGAGUCGAGAGUCGGACUUUUAUUUGUACUGAAAAAAGAGAGGAGGCAGUCUGCACACCAGCUGAGGGAGUCACUGGAAUGCUUGGAAACUGGAUCAGUCCUGAAGAUUAUAAGAGUUCUAUUAUGAGCAGGUUUCCUGGUUCGAUGCGUGGCCGCACAAUGUACGUCAUUCCAUUCUCAAUGGGUCCGUUAGGAUCACCGCUCAGCAAAAUUGGCGUCGAACUCACAGAUUCCCAAUAUGUAGCAUGUUCAAUGAGAAUCAUGACACGAAUGGGUGCAGCAGUCAUGGAUGAAAUAAUUGAUAAAGAUGUCGAUUUCAUUAAAUGUCUUCAUUCCGUUGGAACUCCAGAAAGUGGAAAAGUUGAGAUGGAGUCAUGGCCAUGUGAUCCACAACGUACAAUAAUUUUACAUAAGCCAGCCACAAAUGAAAUUGUGUCAUAUGGAAGUGCUUACGGUGGAAAUGCACUUUUAGGUAAAAAAUGUUUUGCAUUGAGAAUCGGAAGUACAAUUGCACGUCGGGAAGGCUGGCUAGCUGAACACAUGUUAAUUUUAGCGAUUACAGCACCAGAUGGUACAAAACGUUACAUUGCAGCUGCAUUUCCAUCAGCUUGUGGAAAGACAAACUUAGCAAUGUUAAAGCCAACAUUGCCAGGAUUUAAGGUUGAAUGUAUUGGUGAUGAUAUUGCAUGGAUGAAGUUUGAUGCUAGAGGAAACCUUCGUGCUAUUAAUCCUGAAUAUGGAUUCUUUGGUGUCGCACCAGGAACGUCAGAAGCAACAAAUCCUAAUGCAAUGGCAACAAUCCAUAAAAAUACAAUGUUUACUAAUGUCGCAGCUACAUCUGAUGGUGGAAUUUAUUGGGAAGGACUUGAAAGUCAUCUUGAACCUGACAUUACAGUAACUGACUGGCAUGGCAAUUCAUGGUCACCAGCAUCAACUAGCAAAGCUGCUCAUCCAAAUUCUCGAUUCUGCACACCUAUUGACAACUGUCCAGUCAUGGAUUCACAAUGGGAAGAUCCUGAGGGAGUUCCAAUUACUGCAAUUCUAUUUGGUGGUCGACGACCUGAUGGAGUUCCAUUAGUGUAUGAAGCAUUCAAUUGGAAACAUGGAGUGAUGCUUGGAUCAGCUAUGAGAUCAGAAGCAACUGCAGCUGCUGAGCAUAAAGGAAAGGUCAUCAUGCACGAUCCAAUGGCAAUGAGACCAUUUUUUGGAUAUAACUUUGGAAAAUAUCUUGAACACUGGCUGAGCAUGGAGAAAAGAUGUGAAAAUUUGGGUGGAAAAAUGCCAAAAAUUUUCCAUGUCAAUUGGUUCCGUAAAGACUCAAAUGGUCAUUUCCUCUGGCCAGGAUUUGGUGAAAAUUCUCGUGUUCUUGACUGGAUUAUUAAAAGAAUUGAAGGCGAGAAAUGCUUCCAAAAAACGCCAAUCGGAAAUAUUCCAUCAGAAAAUUCAAUAAACUUAAAUGGUCUCAAUACUGAAGUUAAUAUGAAGGAGCUGUUCUCGAUAGACCGUGACUUUUGGCUAAAGGAAACGGAAGAGAUUCAAAAGUUCUACAAUGAUCAAGUUGGAAAUGAUUUGCCUUGUGAAGUUCAAAACCAACUUAAUGAGUUGAAGGAAAGAGUUGAAAAUAUGUAAUAUUAGGUUUAAUUGAGAACUUACUAGACUGGAACUUCUAGUUUGAACUUUCCAGACAAAAACAUUUUAAACUGGAACUUUCCAGUCUACAUCAUUCCAGUCUGAAACUAUUUAUCCAAAAAAUAUUCCAGUCUAGAAAUUUUCAGUUAAAAUACUUCCAGCCUGGA